UACACCAGUGAUGGUGGAGCCUGCAAUACCAAAGAGAGGGACGGUCGGAAAAUCAUGAAACAGUAGUGUUUCCGUCUCAGAAAAGGUCUCGACUACAAAUUUCUUAGUAACUGGUGCAUACAAAAGUGCCUGCUGCUGACAGCUAGACCUGUUGUCCUGCCAGGUUCUGAAUGUCAGAGUAGGGAAGAGGUGAGCGAUAGACUUCUGUCGUCUUCCACCAGAGAGGCAGCCCCACCAGCACUGCCACUGUCAGUACACUCAAAGAUGAGAUGUUCUGCCGCCAUUUCUCCCUCCCCUCCACGGCCCCUUCCUCCUCCUUCCUCUGCACCUCCUGUACCAUUCUGAGAGGGUUCACUGGCUAGCCGUCCUCAUACCGAACCGUUCGGAAUAAAGACGGUCUGUCCGCCGACCUUUGACCUUUGUGUUAACCCUCGAUCUACGGGCAAUUCCAGUGAAGACAGACAGCGCAACGAAUGCAGGUAGACUAGGAGGCAGUUUUAGGGAGAAUUAAGUAUGUCAGUAGAGGGAGAGCGGGGAAGAAGGGUGGCCGCCAGACAUGGCAAUAUUGUCAGCCACGAGCCUCGUCUCUCUCUCUUUCCUAUGCAGCGACAGCAGCACGGUCCAGAACGUCUUAGGGUUUAUACAGGACUACGUCCCUCAGGCAGUGACAGGGGCAAAGGUCGAGAAGAAGGGGAAGGUCUUGUGGGCUCAUUUUGAGACCGCACCUCUCAACGAGCCAGGGAGGUGCACAAUCGGAGGAGGAGGAGGAGGGGAGGGGAGAGGUGUACCUGACGCAAGACAAGACCCUCUCCUGCUGAUUGUGGGCGUGGCUUCUGGCUUCUCAGUCUGGCACAUUCCCCCGGCUGGGGAUGCCAGGGAGGUUUACUGUUGCUAUGGCGAUGGAGAAACAGCUCGGACGGCUCGUCUGGUCCCGACCCCUGACCCCUGUCUCCAGGGGUCUGAUCAGUUUGCUCACCUCAGACCAAUUCUGGCUGUCGUCAAGAAAGGAAGGUUGGGAGGAGGCAUUGUGCCCUACUCCACCUUACAACUGCUGUCGCUAUCGGCAACCGAUGCCGACACCCUCGUCAAGAAAUUCCAGUUCAAGGGAAAGCCUAUCCUGGGUCUCCAUAGCAACCAGAGGGUGUUGGCGGUAGUAUUCAGGAGGAGGGUGUUGGUCAUUGACUCCUCUUCUCUGGCCGUGAGGUUUUAUGUCAGGAAUGACUAUCCCCUGGAGCAUGUGGUGAAUCCAGUGGCGCUGGGCUCUCGAUGGCUGGCCCUCACCGAGACAAAGCUGAGUGCCAGAUACAGCAGUAGAGGAGGGGUGUGUCUCACUCAGUUACCAUCUGUCACUACUACCGUCAUCAAGAACGUCAGGAAAGGCCUCUCUGCUAUCAGCGACACAAUCUCUGGACUGACAGGAAUGGUUCAGUCGAACCCUGACCCAUCGGACUCUCCUCCCCUGACGGCGGAGCACCUGACAGCAAACGUGGUGACUGUAUUGGACACCUCCUAUGAUCAUCCCGAGGAGUUGAGGCUCCACGAAGCCGGGAGGAAAGUGGGCGGAGUUGUGGCUCAUUUCCAGGCAACUGCUGAACACGGGAGUCACAUAGCAGCUCUGACCUUUGACCCCAGUGGGACCCUGCUGGUGACUGCCAGUACAGAGGGCCAUCUGUUCAACGUGUUCCGACUGGUCCCCCACCCCUGGCUGAGCUCCAAGUCGGCCGUCACCCACCUCUACACUCUGUUCCGAGGAGCCACAUCCGCCAGUGUCCACGACAUCGUCGUCAGCUGCGACAGUCGCUGGGUUGCCGUGUCGACACUCAACGGGACCUCCCACCUGUUCCCCAUCACUCCUUACGGAGGAGAGAUGAACGUACGAACCCACACCCGGAACAAGGUCGUGAACAGGAUGUCCCGAUUCCAUACCAGUGCCGGAAUAGAGAUCGUGGCAACCAGGACGCAUUCCCAUUCCGCGGUGACCCCUCCGCCCUCCACAGUGUCUUCCUCCCCGACCUCCCACACAUCACACUCUCCCCCUCAUCACGAGAGGGACCUCCUCACCUCCUCACCUCGCCCCCUUGGCUGGAACAAUCCAAGGACCACGCCCCCUUCCCUCCCGCUCACCGUGAGAGCUCUGUACCAGAUCAAACAGCCCUACCUCUCCUCCGAUGAAAGGAGCAAGGUGUCGGUGGGUGUGGCCUCAGGUGGAGGUGGCCAUGCCCACUCAUCGCCACACCCCUCAGCGGGGGAGCCAUGGCCUGGGGAGUCUCAGUGUGUCAGGGUUCUCUUCUCUCCGUCUUCUCUCUCUUCCUCCCCCUCUCCCUCCUCGUCCUCCGGGAACACCAGUGGUGCCAGAGAAUGGAGCAGUGCAGAGGUGUCUCCAGGGUCGGCAGGGUACACGGUGUUUGUUCUGGGAGGUAGUGGGACCCUCACACGCUACUCCCUCCUGCCACGCCCACACGAGGAGGCCAGGGAGGGAGACGACGCCCCCAUCGCCAUCGACUGCCACGCCCACUUCUCCUGGCGGCUCCUCAGCAAGCCACACCCACUGACAAUGAAGCUGCCGCUACCUGAGGAUAACCCUCUAAUAUUAUCAGCAUCUGCCGUUCAGAGAACUAGGAGCGAUGCAGGGGAGAGAGAGAGGGAGGAGGAGGAGAAGGAGGGGAGGGGAGAGGGGGAGUGGUUGUCGGAGGUGGAGCUAGUGACGCAUGCCACACCCACCAGAAGACUGUGGAUGGGCCCUCAGUUCUCCUUCAAGACCUACCACUCUCAUACCACGCUACCAGUCUCCUCCCCUCGUCAAACCGGACUGAGCGAAUCCGGGGGAACUGUUGUCCCGGCAACAGCCAACCUCAUCUCACUCAGUCCUGACUCCUCCCACCAGCGACUGGUAUCGGCCGAGAGUGGAGAGAGUGCGGUCCUCUCUCCCUCCCACGACACACUCCUCUCAGACCUCUUCCAGCAGCCGCCCGAACUCACCUCGCUCACCACCAGUCCCAUUCCCAUGCCUCCACGACCUGGUUCCCAUUCCAGGGACCAUGGAAUGGAACCAGGGUCUCACAGCAUGGAACGAGGUAUGGUGGAGGUGUAUGGAUCAUGGAACAAGAUGGCGCCACGACUGGAAGCAAGUCAAACGACUGAUGUUGCCGAGCAACUAGCCGAGGCCAUGUGCGACCACACCCUCUCAUCUCCACCCACACAACCCCAGAUUACCAGGCCAACCAUGAAGAGUACAAAAACGGGGUUCCAUACUGCCAGUGACUGUCACCAGUAGCAGUUUCACAUCUACUAGCCCUAUGGAGUCACAUGUAUACAUGUCCUAUACACUCAUGC